UGACGUACUUCCUCUAAGUAUCGGGUCCGGGGAAAAUAACAUCAAAAAAACCCCAGCCUGAAGAAAAACAUCGAAUAUUCAGUGUCUUUUUCGACUGUAACCAAUUCCAGUAUCUUCACUGUCAUACGUAACCCCCUAAACACAAAAUGCCUCAGAACGAGCACAUUGAGUUACACCGCAAGCGGCAUGGUUACCGCUUGGAUCACCAUGAAAAAAAAAGGAAGAAGGAGAGCCGAGAGGCUCAUGAGCGAUCCCACAAAGCUAGGAAGUUGAUUGGUUUGAAGGCCAAACUGUACCACAAACAGAGACAUGCAGAGAAGAUUCAGAUGAAGAAAACCAUCAAAAUGCAUGAACAGAGAAAGACCAAGCAGAAGGAUGACGACAAGACACCUGAGGGAGCAGUUCCAGCAUACCUGUUGGACAGAGAGGGACAGUCACGUGCAAAGGUCCUCUCCAACAUGAUCAAACAAAAGAGGAAAGAAAAGGCUGGAAAAUGGGAGGUGCCCCUGCCGAAGGUUCGUGCCCAAGGAGAGACAGAAGUUCUUAAAGUCAUCAGAACUGGAAAGAGGCAAAAGAAAGCAUGGAAAAGGAUGGUCACAAAAGUUUGCUUUGUGGGUGAUGGCUUCACUCGUAAACCUCCGAAGUAUGAGCGCUUCAUCAGACCCAUGGGUUUGCGUUUUAAGAAGGCUCAUGUCACACAUCCAGAGCUCAAAGCAACAUUUUGUCUUCCCAUCCUCGGAGUGAAGAAGAACCCAUCCUCACCUCUCUAUACCUCUCUGGGAGUCAUCACAAAAGGAACAGUUGUAGAAGUCAAUGUCAGUGAGCUGGGCCUCGUUACACAAGGAGGAAAGGUUAUCUGGGGUAAAUAUGCUCAGGUGACAAAUAAUCCAGAAAAUGACGGCUGCAUUAAUGCCGUUCUACUGGUAUAAGACUUUACACGUGCCUGCGAACUUUGCCCAAUAACUCUUUAAUCCAUUCAUAAGAGUGUAGAUCACAUCCAAGAUGCAACAAGCAGUGGCCUCCCAUUCACCGGACUGUCAGGAAGAGUGCUGAAGCUGUGCUCCGGAGCAUUAUUUUGCAACAAAAGGGACACUGAGAAGAAAGACAUUUCUUGUUAAAUUUGAUAUGAAUAAACUAUAAAUGAGACCAGA